GCUUAGUUACCUCAAAUUAGGAUAAGGGUAAGGAGAGUUCUGCUGUCUACAGCAGCCAUCUGUCUGCCAAGUGGACAGUGGAGCGUUCACACGGGUGUAAAUGGAGACAAGGCUGGAGUUAGAUGUUUUGAUAUAUCCAGAUGAAGUGAGGUUUCCUACUCCGCAGGAACUCGCAGAAUGGGAACUUGAAACUGCCAGCCAGGUGUCUCUGCCCACCGUACGGCUCUUUGUAGCUCUUUACCCAUACAACCCUGCUGCAAUGUCUCCCAACUACGAGACGGCUGCAGAAGAGCUGCCGUUUGUACCAGGCCAGAUAAUCAAGGUGUUUGGAGAUAAAGACUCGGACGGAUUUUAUCAUGGUGAAUCUGGUGGACUCUCUGGUUACGUGCCAAGUAACAUGGUGGCUGAAGUUCCUGUGGAUGAUGAAUACCUGAAGCAUCUACUGAUGCAGCAGGGAUUCAUCCCAGUGGACCAGACAGUAAUGUCUUCAACACCUGACUUGAGUGAUGUGGCUAGUAUUCCUGAUGAUGUGGUUGUUCGACGAAUGGUGGCCUUAUUCGACUAUGAUCCAUGGGAAAGUUCACCUAAUAUGGACAGUGAAGUUGAGCUUGGCUUUCGUUCAGGAGAUGUCAUAUAUGUGUUAGGUGAUAUGGAUCAGGACGGGUUCUACUUUGGAGAUCUACACGGACGACGAGGUUUGGUCCCAUCAAACUAUCUGCAGUCGCUGCCAUGGAAUUAGAAUAAAAGCCAAUGUUAGGUUUUAUGCUACAAAUGCCAAUUUUCAAAUGCAGCAGUUUAUUGAAUAUUAAGAGACUUUUUUGACAAAAAUGCUUUUUUAUAUAUUUGCAAUGUAGUACGGCACAUACUUUAGAGGGUACAUUAAUGAAGGCCUCUGUAUACAAGCUGCUUAUUAGUGUGGAAUAACUGAUCAGUGAAGCAAAGAGAGUAUUCCUUAAAUGCUUAUCAGUUGAUUUAUUAUUUUUAUUCAGCAAUACUUUAAUAACAAAUACAAGUUGUUAAAUGAUAAUACAGAUAUUUAAAAAGACAAAACCGUUAUACAAUGAGAAUAAUUCACUAUCAAAGUUCAUUUUAAUUCUUAAUUCAUUUUUGUAUUUUCAUCUCAUCUCAUCUCAAUAUGUCCCAAAAAUACAAUUGCAUUUUUUUCUGUAAAUGUAAUCCAAAAUUUCAGUCAUAACAGAUGGAAAACAAUAGUUUAUGUUAGCCUUAAAAUACACUUUUAAUCCCAGACCAGAGUGUAUUAAUAGUUAUCCACAUUUGCCUUAUGCACAGUUAUUUGAUGACUGGAACAUUUUUUUCUGGUGAUGAUUCAGGCAAUAACAUUUUUUUUUUUUUACCAGAAACUGUAUAUAAAAGUGUAUAAAUAUGUAAUUGUUUGUUUUUGUUUCACCUGCAGAAACCGAAAAUAAACUAUAAAAUUUGUA